GAAUCUUUUUCUGCCUCACAUCUUUUUUCACUGUGGGGUUAAAAAUCCCUCCUUUUCAUGCCAAAACCAACUUUUAUUUAUUUAGUUUUUACCUCUUCGCUUUCUCUUUCAUUUUUACCCUUUUAUACACACAAACUCUCUCACAUUCACAUUGCUUCUCUCUCUCUCAACACAUUUCAUCUUCACCAAUCUCAUGGACUUCGAUUCCUCAGGCAAAAGAGAAAGUGUGGAGGAGUCAGUGAUGAUGGAAUACGAUGAAGAAACCAAUCAAUUCGACGUCGAAUUCUGUCCGGUUGAGCAUCCGGUUGAACCGGAAGAAGAAGAUCGUCCGGUUAAAUGUCCCGUACCAGUCUCAUCUUCUCUCAUUCACAAAUCAAUGGAGAAAUCUAAACCGGGCUGGGUUAAACACAGAGCCAGCUACGAAACUCCGGUUUAUCCACCGCCACGUCAACAUGUCCGUAACGUACGUAAGAGACACAACUCAUUCGACGUUGAAGGGAACAGCAAUUUUUUCACGAGAUCUCAUGAUGACGAAACCACAUCUCGAAGAUCUAAUGUUACGAUCUACCGAGUUCUUCAACAAGUUCACGAGUUCGAGCCGUGAAAAUGUCAAAUCUCUUUUGCGUUGAGGUUUUAAUCGAUUUGAUUUGAAGUUUAUGUUGGGUUAAGGUAAUAGUAGUUCGAUGUAGUACCAAAGUUUCGGUAUACUUGUUAUAUUGUUAUUCGAUGAUAACCGGUCCGGUCAGAUUCGGUUAACAGCUUUAGAAAAUGUUAUAAUUUCUACUUUUCUAGUUUCUUAUGAGUGCAUGGGCAUUUUCAGUAUAAAUCCUAUUUUAGAAUGGGCCGUGUUUUAUGAAAGUCAAUAUAUGGGCUUAACUGGGCUUUACUUAUUAAGUCCAAAUAAUUUAUUAUCAUUUUUGUUUUCUCAUCAA